UGACUCACACAUACUCACUCCGCUCCCGCGGUCCCCUUCCUCUUAUCGGCGGGCCCCUCUCCCCACACACCCCCGUGAGCUCUACCUCCCUUUCCCUUCCGACCAUGGAAGGGAGUUCCUUUGAGGAGAUCACCGCGGCGCCGUCCACCUCCCAGGUGAGCGUUCAGCCAGCGGGUGAGGGUCAGGCCCAUGCGGACACGAUGGACCUUCAUGCCACCCUCGUAGCGAUUCAGGCGCAACUUAGUACGCUUAGACCGUUGCAAGCGCAAAUCAAUGCGCUUGCCCUUGACGUCAACCGCCUCAAGGGCUCUCCUCAUCACUCUCCCCACCGCUCCMAUACCCCAUCCCCUACCGGCUCCGAGUCCGGCUCCCCACGACUCCAGAGUCGGAGACAUCGUGGUUCCCCCUCCUCUACGGGCCAGGCCCAGCACUCCCCCGCAGCAGUGGCGAGUGAUGUUGCCGCUCAGACCACCCCGUCUGUUGCGGCAGUUCUCCCGGCCACGGCCGCCCCUACCGUCUCUACUACUGCCAUAGGUGCUGCGGUCCACGUACCGCCUCGAGGCCCAGCAGUUUCAUUGACCCACACCGGUGUUGCUUCCCAGCUUCCCGCACCGGUCGCGGCAAUACGGUUCCGCCCUCUUCUUCCCGCCUUUGUCCCCCCACCCCCACAACAGGGUACCGCCCAGGCUGGGAUUCCUCCUCCCACUGCGAGACCCGCUCCGCCCCCUCCACCUCCAACCCCGCGCACCCAGCGCGUGGCCACUUUACAGGCCACCAUUGCGCAGGCUCAGGUGGAGAUUCUCGCUCUGAGACAGCCUCACCCAUCACAGGUUGCCCACCCUUCUUCCUCUACCACCCCUUCGGUCCCCAUGAUCCAGGCUCGUUUCCCUCGACCUGCUCCUCAGCCUCUUCCCUCCCACCUGGCUAUUCCGGGACAGCUGCCCGCGGUCGUUGCCUCCUCGUCUGCUGGUCCAUCCGCUAGCGGCCACGGCCCACAGCCUUCCCCCACCUCUGCCCCUGCAGCRACCUCGACUUACGCUGYCGYAGUGCACUCGCCUCGAUCUCUCUCCCCCCGCCAUCAGCACAGUGGACAUCCUCCUGUGCGCACCACGGACAUUCCCGAGUAUGAUGGCACAACCCGUGUCUCUCGCUGGUUGCAAAUAGCAACGCGCACGCUCUCUAUGACGACCACCCGUCAGGAGUUGUGGUGCGAUGUGCUCGCAACCAAAUUGCGAGGUAGCCCUUCCACUGCGUGGGAGGAUCAUUAUACCCAGCGCCUCCGCGUGGGUGAGGUCCCCACUCUGGCCGACUUCGCGGCCUUCCUUCAGGACCGUUUCGGCGCUCGUCAUGACGCCACCGACGCCUUAGACCGCGUCACCCAGACCAGAUGGUCCGAGUCCUCUGUACCGGCCGACCUGGAACGUCACAUCCGGGUGUUUCAGGACGCUCGCCUUGUUUGUGACGAGACGUUCCUACCGGAGGCCGCAUUCACCGAUCGGUUCCUUGUCAGCCUGCCGACUAACUAUCGCCUAGAGCUAUGGAGGCGAUCAUUCUCUUCCGCGGAGCAGGCAUACGAGGCUGCGCGUCAGUACCAGAGGAUGUGCAGUCGCUUCUCCGUCGCCUCAUCCUCUUCGCGGCCAGCCGCCACCUCUCAGUCUCGGGGUACCACCCGAGGUCGCUCCUCGUUUGCUGGUCGUUUUCGUCGCCCGACCCGCCCUGGAGCGUCAUUCUCUCAGUGCUACAGUUCUCUGGAGUACGGCGAGGACGCCUCGGCCGAGUUUGACCCUACCCUUGGGGACGCCCCCGAGGACAUCGAGCUAUGAGACGUCAUCCAGUAUCACUUGGAUGACGACACUGUUCCGGUGGCCGAGCGCUUGCUGAUGGCCAUGUCUGCCAUGGGUCGUGCUCGUAGUCAGGUUGCACAGGCUGGCGCCCUCACACCCACGGUUCCUCAGAUAGACCUUCCGCAGGGUAUGUCCCUCCUCGCGGAGCUCUAUCCCCUGAGGAGUGUGCCGCCCUCGAGGCCCGGCGCGGCUGCCUUCGGUGCGCCUAGAUGGACACACCUCCUCACGGUGUCCAUACCAUACCGCCCUCGAUCGGCACUACGGUGACAUCUCUCGUCAGCGUCGAUCUCAGUCCCCCCCCGGCCCCGCCCGGCCAGCCCCAUCC